AUGUCAUCCCGGCGAGGUGUUGGCCUUGGGGCUUUCACCAACCUGGCAUCGACGCAGCAAUCGUAUGCUGCACAUGGAACCACCCUCCGCACCGCCAAUGCGGCCAGUCUUCAAACGCAGCUGGAAGUCUUCCAAUCACUUCUACACAACUUCGCACUCGAGCAUUCGGCCACCAUAAAAUCCAAUCCGACCUUCCGGGCCGAGUUCGCGCGUAUGUGUAACGCCAUCGGUGUUGAUCCCCUUGCUGGAUCCUACGUCAGAGGCAAAAAAGCCGAUUCGCUUUGGGCGAAGAUGCUGGGCCACGAUGUGAACGACUUUUACUUUAGCGUGGCAGUACGAGUGGUAGAGCUGUGUCAAGCAAGUAAGACAGAAAACGGUGGCUUGUUGGGUGUGAAGGAAUGUGCAGAGAGUGUGGCAAGAGGCAAGGCGAUUGGUGGCGGAAUGGAGGUGAGCGAGGACGACAUAUUGAGAGCGGUCAAGUCACUCGGGCCGCUGGGAGCGGGAUUCUCGAUCAUCCCAAUUGCUGGAAAGCAAUUCAUCAGAAGUGUACCAAAGGAGUUGAACACGGAUCAGGCAACAGUGCUCGAAGUGCUGCAGCUGCUUGGGAGUGUUACAGUUUCGUUGCUGAGGGUCAAUUUGAACUGGGACAAGGCGAGAGCUGUGACAGUCCUGGAGGAUCUGUUGGGUGAUUCACUGGUAUGGAUUGACUAUCAAUGUCCCGAGCCCGAGUACUGGUCUCCUCAAGGUCUGAUCGACGAUGACUAA